AUGGUGGACAAGUACGACUCCAUGCUGAGAGACCCCCCCGCGAAGCACUCGCUGAAGGGGAAGUACGUCAAAGGCGCGAGCGCGCCGCCGCCGGUGAGCAUGCACACGAAGGGUCGGUACGUCGCUCCGGAUCAGGUGCGUUCUAUACACUGGUCCCCAUACGACCGCGUCGGCGUGGUGAACGCCGAUCCUUAA